AUGGUUGCCAAAUUGCUUAUGGGCGCGAGUGCGGUGGCAACGAAGCUUUGCCCGGUUUUGGAGACCUUGGAUGGAAAGCAAUGCUACGGCCUGAAAUUCGAUCCGACCUCCUCCAGCCUGGCACUGUGUCGCGACAGCUGCUGUGCCGACGAGGCUUGCGACCUGUGGCAGUUUAAAAAGGACUACGGCUGCUUCCGGGGCUCUUCGAAUCAAUGUCUGAGAACCUCGGACCCUUUCUGCGACGGCAGCCGCGGUGAGAGAUUGCGCGGCAGAGUCGGGGGCAGUCUCGGAGUGGUUUGGUUCGGAUCUCGGCGGCACAACUAUGCAGAGAUUGCACCUGUGGAUCCAUAUCGCCAUGGAACGCAGAAGGAGGUCCUUCAGACUUUCGAAGGCGAGUUUGUUCAUUUCUCGCGAUCUGGGCCUGGGGUUCACCAGAUGAACGUUUCUAAGUCCUGCUGGUCUUACGACCGCCACCCAUCCUGGUGCUGCCCGGGGAUUGCACAGCAAGUACGCGCCUGCUGGCCUGCCCACAGCAUUUCGAGCCACUGCUGCUCGCAGGGCCAGUCUGCGGAGGGGAGCGUGCUGUACAAUGCUUUCUUUGCGGCGACGCCGCACCUGACUGCUCAAGAAGCGCAGCAGUUCCACGAGAACUUUCCCGGCUUCGCCAUUGAUGCUUCCUUCGAGGACACGCGGCUUCGCUUCCGGCUGGGGGACAAGAGCCCAAGCUUGAUCUGCCCUUCAGGCUCCAUCGGGCAAAGAAUGGACUCCUCCGGAGUCCUUUGGCAGAUGGCCCUCCUCCUGGCCCACUUUCGCGCGCCGGCCUCUGGCACUUUCCUGAACUUGGGGUCUGGGACCUGCCAGGUGCAUCUGACCCUGGAUCCGACCCAAGUAGUGGAGCAGCUGCUGCCUUACCUGAAGCUCAUCUUCGGGGAGGCGCCAAAGCCUUGGCCCUUGGACUUCCUGGUCGUGGACCUGGAUGGUGUGGACUGCCUCAUCAUUGAGGAGCUGCUGAGGGUUCUGCGGCCGAAGGUGAUCCACUUGGAGAUCAUAGCACACAUCCCGCCCCCUUUUCGCUUCUCUUUGCAAUGGCACAGCAGGCUCUCCCCGCACUGGAACGAUGUUUAUGACGUCGACCUGUUGAAUCCGUUUCAGGGUUGCUCCCUGAGCUAUGCGCUGCACAAGUUUCGACCCUUCGGCUAUGCUCUGCUUCCGGGCGGCAUCAUUAGUUCAUACGUGGUCUUGUUCCUGGGCUUUAAUCUCGAAGGCUUCGCAUUUUCCUCUACUGGGACGCAGCUCCGUCUGACGCAGCAUGAUGCGAUCUUGGUCCACAAGUCCCUCAAAGUCGUUGUGGAGCACGGGCUCCAGGUGAAGCUGCCCCAAGAUGAGUUCCAGUGCUACCGAGACAGCACGCUGUGGCUUCAGAUGCCCGCCAGCUACGUGAGGGAAUGGUUCUUUGCACGGCAUCCAUCAGCAGUGAUUGGAAGCAUUUGGUCCAACAUCUCGACCGUGAACCAAGAGCUUGGCCGUGAGGGUAUGCCCUUCACUUUGGACUUCUAA